UUCUUAAUGAUUUUUCCCGACAAAAUUACUAAUUCUCCAUGUAAAAUAUCAUUAAACAAAUUUUUCUUUUGUAUAUUUUUUCGAGUUUAAACAUGUUUAUAAAUAAAUAUUAUUUAUGUCAAUUACUGUUUCAAGUGAUGAAAAAAACUUAGCAACGGUGUUUCCAUGUCAUUGUACUAUUACAAUAUUACUGUUGAAAAUGUCUUUUGAUGAUAAACAUUUUAUGUGUGCCUCUCAACUAAAUAUAAAAAAAAGAAAGUUAUCAAAAGAUAGCAAAGUCUAUUCUCAGGACGAAAUUAAAAGAGAAUCAGAAGAAGGUAAUUUUUCUGAAGAUGAACAUGUAUUAAUUUCUGAAGAUUCGAUCGAAGAAGAUGGUAAUUCUGGUAAAGAUGAAUUUCAUUUUCUUGCUGAAAUUGCAUUAGGCAUCGAAGAAUGGUCAGAUGACCCACCACAAAGAAGUUGCAUACAAUUUAUUGGAAAUCCUGGAUUAAAGGAAAUAGUGCAAGAACAGACACCUUUUUCUUACUUUUCCCUCUUUUUUACAUCAACAUUUUUAGAACUUUUAGUGGCAGAAACUAACGCAUACGCAGAAAUUGUAUUUUUGCAAGAUUGUGGAGAAAGAGCAAGAAUUUCUGACUGGAAAGACACUACUGUAGAUGAAAUAAAAAUCUUCCUUGGAAUACUAUUUUUGAUGGGACUCAUCAGAAUAAAUCGUAUGAAUGAUUGUUGGAGGAAACAUUAUUUGUUCAAUUUACCUUUUGGAAAAUUUAUGGGUCGUGACCGAUUCUUAUUGCUUUUAAGAUGUCUUCAUUUUGAUCGGUUACAACACUCUGAUGAUAAUUUAAGUAAAGUAACUACUAUAAUUGAUUAUUUCAAUCAAAACAUGGAUAAAAUUUAUAGUCCUUUUAGAGAACUUUUGAUAGAAGAAAGUGUGGUUCUAUGGGGAGGGCAAAUAAAUUCCAGAAAUUAUAUGAUAAAUAAGAAACAUAAAUAUGGCAUAAAAUUACAUACUUUGUCUGAACCAUCUGGUAUAAUUAAUAAAUUACAUGUACAUGGGAGUUCAAGCAACGAAAAUGCAGGAGAUAUGAAUCAUAUCGAAACAAUUGUUGACAAAUUAUUAAGUGGAAAGACAGGGAAAGGCCAUGCAAUUUUUAUGGACAAUUAUUAUAGUAGCGUGUCAUUAAUUAAUGACCUUCUUACAAAUAAAACCUAUUGUACAGGAAGUUUACAACCAAAGAAGCUAGGUAAUCCACCAGAGGUAAUACAGAAAAAAUUACAAAUUGGAGAGUUUGUAUAUAAGUAUAACAAACAAGGAGUUUGUUGUUGUAAAUGGAAAGACAGAAAGAAUACUUAUAGCAUAUCAAGUGAGUUUGGAGGAGAACUUGUGAAUGUUAAAAAUAAACAGGGAGAGGAGAAGAAGAAACCUAAACUUAUUAUAGAGUAUAACAAACAUAUGCAGAAAGUCGAUAGACAAGAUCAGAUGCUAUCGUAUUAUCCUUUAACACAUAAAACUCUACAGUGGUAUAAAAAACUGGGCAUACAUACAAUGCAUAUAAUGCUCAAUAAUGCUCACAUUCUUUAUAAUAAAUAUUGCGGUACCAUAAAAAAAGAUUUGCACGAUUUUCAGUUUGAAAUUGUUUCGACAUUACUGCCUCCGCCAGAUCAAAAUAUUCCAUCAUUUACACCACAAUUUAAAGUACAUUUACCGGAGUUACUUCCCAAAGGAGCAAACAACAGAAUUAUGAGGAGAAGAUGUAAAUUAUGUAACGAUAAAAAAAAUAUUAGAUUGGAUACAAUUUAUCACUGUUCAGAUUGUCCAUCAAAACCUGGCUUAUGUUUAACUCCUUGCUUCAGAGAAUUUCAUAAAUAUAAGUGAAUUAGUUUUUUUA